GUAUACAAGUGAUAUUUUUAUUUGUUUGUGAAGAAAGUAUGAAGAUACAUAUAUUUUAUUCAAAGAUUUUUGUUACAAUGUCAUUUUGUUUGGCAUUAUACAGAGUCAGGUCUACCAAUGCUUUGGAAAAGGUUAUAAUAGAUACAGAUGCUGGAGCAGAUGAUGCAGUAGCUAUAUUUUUGACUCUUAAGUCUAUAGAUAAUGUUCUAGCAAUUACUUGUUCUUAUGGAAACACAUAUGUCGAAAAUGUGGCAAUUAAUGUACUUAAAAUAUUAACAAUUGCCAAUAGAAGUGAUAUACCUGUGUAUAAAGGAGCACAGAAACCAUUAAUAAAUGAAUAUAAGCCUGACAGUAUCUUUGGCUCCGAUGGUCUUGGAGACUUUGAUUUCACAGAAAAAAUUAUGGCUAAAGUAGAUGAAAGUAAACAUGCAGCUGUAGCUCUCAUAGAUUUAGUAAAGAAAUAUCCAAAUGAAGUAACUUUAUUAAGCAUUGGCCCAUCAACAAAUGUUGCUAUAGCAACUGCAUUAGAACCUUCAUUUUCUAAGUAUUUAAAAAAUCAUAUCAUAUUAGGUUCCAGUGUUUGUGGAGUUGGUAACGUUUUACCUAACAUUGAAUUCAAUUUCUAUCAAGAUCCAGAAAGUAAUUACAUAAUACUGAAUAAGACUAUUACAAGUGUCUUAUUUCCAUGGGAAACAGUGGUUGAUAGUUAUAUAUCCAUGGAUUGGCGUAAAAAUGUCUUGGGAAAGAUGAAUUCUACUAUCAUGAGUUUUCUAAAUAAGGCAGAGCAAAAAAGUUUGUCAAACACUAAUUCAUGGAGUGUUUCAGAUGCAAUGGCUGCUGCAGUUAUGCUGUGGCCAGAACUUGCAAUAAAAUCUAUAGUAACAAAUGUGAGUCCUGUAAUUGAUGGAUUUACAAGAGGCUCAGUAGUUGUAGAUUAUACUAAUUUAACUAGUAAACCAAAAAAUGCAAGAAUUAUAUUAUCAUUUAAUACAACUGCUUUUCAACAACUACUAUUGAUAAAAUUUUCUUAA